ACAAAAAUAAGCUGGAUACCUACAGUUACAUGGAUUCGAAAUUGAUAAUUAACAAUAUUAACAUUGAUCUUAAAUAAUCUUCCAUUUUUCUUUAAGAUGGAAAAUCAUCAACAAUCAAUCAAAUUAUAAGAUUAAUUGGUUAAAAUGUCUGAAUUAACUAACGUGCCUUCAAGUAUAGCCGACAAAGAACAUGUCACUCGAAAAAGAUCAUCAUGUUUUCAUCUUCGAAUGUUACAAUUUAUAAGCUUUCGACAAUUUUUCCUCUAUUUAUUAUUGUUUAAUGUUCUAUUAUUAAUUAUUACUUUAAUUUCUAGAGGAGUAAUUAAUCCGGAGGAAAUGGAAAAUACUGAAAUUUGUAAUACUUCAAAGUGUCUUGAAGCAGCACAAAGUUUACUCAAUCAAAUUGACGAAUCAGUAUCACCAUGUGAUGAUUUUUAUCGGUUUGCCUGUGGGGGAAUGGAUAAUGAAUAUACUGUUUUACCGGAAGGAUUUUCUUCUAAUGCAAGAGUACCUAUUGAAAUGGUUGAAAUUCAAAAAAGAGUCAAAAAUUUAAUGAAUGGCCUGAGGGAUCGAGAUCUUUAUCCUGGUGGUUAUCAAAGAAAAAUGAGAGACUUUUAUAAUCUUUGUCAACAAGCUCGUAGUCGCAAUAGAAAUUUGUUUGUAUUUAUGAGAAUGAUUCAACAAUUGGGUGGAUGGCCAAUUCUACGAGGAGCUGGAUGGAAUGAAGAAUCUUUCAGCUUAACCGAUAUUCUGAUAGAAAUGAGAAGAUUAGGAUUAUCUUACGAUGUAUUAUUCCCAAUCCGUCUUAGACAUUUAGCUCCCAACGAUGAUGUCCAUCAAGUUACGAUAUUUAAUGAGGAGACAAAUUUAAAAAAUUUUUACAAUCGUUAUCAAGACUCUAUUAAUAGAACCUCACUUUACGCGAAUUUAAGCCGAUCUGCCUUUGAACGUUUGGGACACACAAAUGACACAUUUGAUGCUAUGCGAAAUGCGAUGAACUUUGGUAGAUCGUUAGCAAGAAUUCCAGGUUACCAGAGUUCCAUGUUUCUCAGCCUGAGAAGUCUUGAUUACACUUAUCCUUUCCUGAAUUGGACGAAAUAUUUUAUUAAUGUGUUGCAACCGCUGAAUUUGGAUCCGAAUAAUUUUUAUGUUCAUUUCUCACCUACUCAUUUAUACGGAUUGGCAGAUCUAUUAAGAACAACGAAUAACAGUGUUCUUGCAAAUUACAUUAUGUUUUCAGUUUUCUUGGAAUCAGUUCCAUAUUUUGGCGAGAAUUGGUCACAGUGGAUAAGGGAAUUCAACGAUAAUCCAAGUUCGCUUAAAUUGUCAUUAUAUACAAAUGACGAAGAUACAUGUAUUAGAUUUCUCAUAGAUAAAUUUAAAAUUGGGAUUGGAUCUCUUUAUGCUCUUUCAUGGGCAAAUACAAAUAAUAAUAAAAUACUUAAAUUAACUUCAAAUGUAUUCCAAUUUUUACGUUUAUCCUUCGAGGAUUUGAUACACCAAUCUGAAUGGUUGAACGAAAAUACGACCAUUCGUGUAAUUGAUAAAGUGAAUAAAAUGAAAGUAAUGGUUGGAUAUCCGGAAGAGCUUUUAAAUAUUGAGAAAGUUGAUAAGUUCUAUGAAAAGUUAACUAUUGAUAACUCUACAAGUUUUUAUGAGAUUGAUUUGUAUUUGAAACGGCUUGGAAUUAAUUUGCAAUUUUUUGCUUUAACUGUACGAGGAGACAGAAAAAUACCAUGGUACCUUUUUCAUAUAAUAGAUGUGAAUGCUUACUAUCAUACAUUAAAUAAUGAAAUCUCCAUAUUAUUGGGUUUUAUUGAAGCGAGCCGAGCUAGUCCCGAUUCUCCCAUGUAUAUUAACUUUGGUGGAAUGGGUUCGAUUACCGGCCAUGAAAUUCAACAUGGUUUCUGUCUGACUACUCAUCUUCUUGAGGAAGAAAAAAGAAUUUUCAAUUUUUCCGAUGAAGUUCAAAAAAUAGUCGAUGAAAGAAGAGAGUGUAUAGUUAAUCGUUAUAACAAUUACGCUACAACUACAGUUAGAGAAGGACAAGUUGUAACCUUAUGGUUCAGAAGUGAGCGUUCAUUUUGUGAAAACUUUUCCGAUCGAGCUGGACUCAAGUUAUCAUAUAUGGCUUAUAAAAAGUACAUCUCUUUACAUGGUGAAGAUAAACUGUUACCACGAUUAACUCAUUAUACUAGAGAUCAGUUGUUUCUAAUACGAGCAGCGGGAAACCAUUGUGGUAAAUAUGAACACGGAUAUUAUAGUUCAUUUUUUGAGCGCAAUACAACUACUCAUCCACCGGGAAAUCUCAGAAUUGAUGGAUUUUCCAAAGAUUUACCUGAGGUUUCGAGGAUAUUCAAUUGUAAACCAGAUGACCCAAUCAAUAGAAGUGGAAAAUGUCUUACUUGGGAGUAAUUAUUAUCUAAAUUUAAUCAAGAAGUGACAUUAAUCACCAUUCAAAUGUAAAAUCUGCCACGAGAAGAAUUGAUUCAAUUACAUUCAAUAUCUGCGGCUAGUUUUGACAUAGUUCACCCAAACUAAAUUGUAAAUAUCGACAACAAUUAAUCAACAGGAUUACCAUUUAAAUGAUAUAAUUUAAAUGUCAUAUUUUCGUUAAAAGUUGAUAAAAAACAAUAAUAAAAUCUCAUUAACAAAAAUUAAUCACCAUCUUAAUCUAAAUCGUGAAUUGAUUUCAUGGAGUCAACAUUGAACAAUUUACAAUAUUCAAAUUUUUCAUUCGAUUAUAUUGAUUCA